AUGGCCUUCUUUCAGCUCGGUCUACGCAGGGCCGCCACCCGCCUGUCCCGGGUACCAUUGGCAUGCGGCCCGUGUCUGCGGCAGCAGGUUCCGGUCCCUCCGGCACGAGUUUUGAGGACUUUGCGAGCUACCCGAAGCUAUGCCUCGUCGACCACGGCCGAGUCCAAGGCCUCAAUCAAGUCGCUGGGCAGAAAUACUCCCAAGGCCGCGCAAUCUGCUUCUUCCCAACGCUCGGGGAAGUCCUCGCCGUUCCCCAAGACGAAUGCCAAGGUUGUGGGCUACUGGCUGAUGGGUAGCGCUGUGAGCGUCUUCGGCAUUGUGGUAUUCGGGGGUUUGACAAGGUUGACUGAGUCUGGUUUGAGCAUUACGGAAUGGAGGCCCGUUACAGGCUCGCUGCCGCCUAUGUCCGACGCCGACUGGCAAUCUGAAUUCGACAAGUACCGCGCUUCCCCGGAAUUCAAGCUGAUAAACCCCCACAUGGAUCUGGCCGAGUUCAAGAAGAUCUACUUCAUGGAAUGGACCCACCGUCUAUGGGGUCGCGUCAUCGGUCUCACGUUUGUUCUGCCGACCAUCUACUUCAUUGCACGCCGCCGGGUGACUCCGCGUAUGGCCGUCAACCUGGCCGGCAUUUCGGCUCUUAUCGGUUUCCAGGGAUUCAUUGGAUGGUGGAUGGUCAAGUCUGGGCUGAAGGAUGACCUCUUUGCCCCUGGCUCUCAUCCCCGGGUCAGCCAGUACCGCCUAACCGCACAUCUGGCUGCCGCCUUUGUCUGCUACUCCUGGAUGCUCGUCUCCGGGCUCGGCGUCCUCCGGUCGCACCGCCUCCUCCGCGAUCCCAAAGCCGCUGCCAAGACGUUCGCUGCUCUGAAGUCUCCCGCUUUGAGGGCCCUCCGCGGAUCUGUCGCUGCUCUGACGGUACUCAUUUUCACGACUGUUCUCUCAGGUGCGCUCGUUGCGGGUCUCGACGCUGGCCUCAUCUACAACGAAUUCCCAAUGAUGGGCAACGGUCUUACACCGCCUAAAGCUGAGCUGUUGGACAAGUUCUACAGCCGCAAGGAGGAUGGGUCUGACUUGUGGUGGCGUAACAUGCUCGAGAAUCCCUCGCUGGUCCAGCUCGACCAUCGAAUCCUCGCCACGACCACCUUCACCGCCGUGGUUGCCCUCUUCGUCUACAGCCGGACUGGUCGCGUCAAGGCCGCUAUGCCAAAGGAUGUGCGCAAGGGCGUCAUGGGUCUGCUGCACCUGGCCUUGCUACAAGUUUCGCUCGGCAUUACCACUCUCAUGUACAUGGUUCCCAUCUCGCUUGCCGCCGCCCACCAGGCCGGCGCGCUCGGGUUGUUGACGAUGGCUUUGGUCGCUGGUCACCGGCUGCGGGUCCCCAAGGCCACGCAAGCGCUAGUGCAGAAGGCGCUGAAAAACCCUUCUCGGGUGCAGACCGGCGCGGUGAGCCAAAAGCUUUUGAAGAAAGCCGCCGAAAACAAGAGCAUGUAA